ACGAGCGGAGAUGAUGAGAGGGGAGGGAAGUCGCGUCGCCUGAGCGUCGGCUUUGCGUCUAUGGGGGGUUUGGCUAGAGGAGGCGCGGCGCACUCUGCCCUCUCCAUACCACCUGUAUGGAUGACCACUUUAAACUAAUCGACUCACCCCGCUCGGUGAGACACAGAGGCAACAACGUUGAGAACCACUGUUACUUCGAGACGGAGAAGGGCGUCAUGACAGUCGAGAACAUGUUCGAGGAGUCAGCGGCGCUUUCGAGCCACCUGUCCGUGGAUCGAUAUGAGCGAGAGCGUGGACGCGAUUGCUGCGAGAGGGUGGUUAUCAACAUUUCAGGUUUACGCUUCGAAACUCAACUCAAAACUUUCAACCAGUUUCCGAAAACGUUGCUCGGGGACCCCAGAAAGAGAAUGCGUUACUUUGACCCACUGAGGAACGAGUACUUCUUCGACAGAAACCGACCCAGCUUUGAUGCCAUUCUCUAUUAUUACCAGUCAGGAGGGCGCAUACGGAGACCUGUUAACGUGCCUAUUGACAUCUUCUCUGAGGAGAUCAAUUUCUAUCAACUCGGGGAAGAGGCUAUGGAAAAAUUCAGAGAGGACGAAGGAUUCAUAAAAGAAGAGGAACGUAUUUUACCCAAUAAUGAAUUCCAAAAGCAGGUUUGGCUUUUGUUUGAAUACCCUGAAAGCUCUGGCCCAGCUAGGGGAAUAGCUAUAAUCUCAGUGCUUGUCAUUUUAAUAUCAAUUGUUAUAUUCUGUUUAGAGACCUUGCCUGAGUUUCGGGAUGACCGGGAACCUAUCCCGUUAGCACUUACAGUCAAUGGGACGGCCUCCUACCACGCAAAUCCAUUCACCGACCCUUUCUUUGUGAUAGAAACACUUUGCAUAAUCUGGUUCUCUUUUGAGUUGCUGGUCAGGUUCUUCGCGUGCCCCAGCAAAUCCACGUUCUCAAAAAAUAUAAUGAACAUAAUCGACAUUGUCGCCAUAUUUCCCUACUUCAUCACUUUGGGGACAGAACUGGCUGAGAAGCAGGGUAACGGUCAGCAAGCCAUGUCCCUAGCCAUUCUCAGAGUGAUAAGGCUCGUGAGAGUCUUUCGCAUCUUCAAGCUCUCCAGGCAUUCUAAGGGCCUACAGAUCUUAGGGCAGACGCUAAAGGCCAGCAUGAGGGAGCUUGGACUGCUGAUAUUUUUUCUUUUCAUUGGAGUUAUCCUUUUCUCCAGUGCUGUUUAUUUUGCCGAAGCCGAUGACCCAUCCUCCAGUUUCACAAGUAUCCCAGAUGCGUUCUGGUGGGCUGUGGUCACCAUGACUACUGUCGGAUACGGAGACAUGCACCCUGUGACAAUUGGUGGCAAAAUUGUUGGGUCAUUGUGUGCUAUUGCCGGAGUGUUGACUAUUGCUCUCCCUGUGCCAGUUAUUGUCUCCAACUUCAAUUACUUUUACCAUAGGGAGACUGAUGGAGAAGAGCACGCACAGUACUUGCACGUCAGCAGCUGCGAGCACCUACCCUCAGCCACAGAGGAGCUGAAAAGGACUCGUAGCACGUCAUCUCUGAGCAAGUCAGAAUAUAUGGUUAUAGAGGAGGGCAUCAACAGUGGGUAUAAACAGCCCAACUUCACCAAUGAGAAUAACCAAAACUGCGUGAACAUCAAAAAGAUAUUCACGGACGUGUAAAUGCUUUCAUUUUAUAUGAUGGAGAUAUAGAGUUACGACUACUAUUUUUUUCUAUGAUAGCUAAACUAAUCGUGAUGUGUCGGUACAUAUCUGUCAGGUGGAGUGUGCUAGUGUGCCACACAGGUUGCAAAACGUACUGUGAUCUUACAAUUCGUCCUUGAGUCCAAACAGGUGUUGAUGUUCGGUAGUUCGGUAGGUUGUAAGUGUUGCAUAUUUAUUCCCGAAUCGAAACAGUGUUGUCGUUGUGUUUUUUGAGAGGAAACGUUCGUUGGCUUAUCAGUGUUCAGUCUUGUCAUGAAUAGCAAUACAAUAUAAUCUACAAUGUCUGUAGGAUGUUGCUUACAUCGGAUGAUGACAAACAUAGGCUAUGCUUGAAUGGGCAAUUUAUGCGUAAUGGAAAUAUGGACAUACAAGUAUCAUAGCCUACGAGAGCAGGCUUUUAGCAUUACAGCCAAUACCAAAUAAAACAAGAAAAUGAAAGUACCAAGACUCGGGAAUGUCUUUGAUAAAAUAUCUCCAUGUAAUUUGAAUGUUUCAUUACCCAUUAAAUGGGCUAGAAUAAUUGAAUAGCCCACAAUUGAUAGUGAUAGUAAUUAUUGGUAAUUCAUGGAUCUGGCCAUAAUUCCAUCCAAAGACAUCGUCAGGACUACAUGGAAUUUAUUUUCCUACAAACAUGACUUCAAGACAAUUUCCAUCAUGGAGGAUAGUGUGAGCACAAUGAUGAAGACAUGGACACAUUGCAUAUAAUGGGCAUGGAUGGAAGAAAGAAGAACAGCAAAGUCCCGCCUCCUGGAUGCCACUGAACCUUGUGAUGCAGUCUCCAUGACGACUACAGUUUCCUGGGUAACCCCGUUAAUGUUACCAUGGUAUCACUCUGCGUUUUCACAGAAACCCUCCAGAUGGAUCAGCAGCCCGCCUUGAAAGAGAGAGCAGAGCCCUCCUCGGAUGGAUAUUUUCACUUGGCUAGAUCAGAUAACCUCAUCUCAACCUGGCAACAAGCAUCGCCCAACCAACACUGCUGCAGUAGAACACAUGCACCUGAAAGGCCUAGAGGAGAAUUACCCUGACACAUACCAAUGGACUCAAGCUCCAGCAGCUCAACGCAGCACCAACUGAAAUACAUCAAGAUAUAGAAGAUCUCUAUGGCUCCACCAUCUCCCACACAUACUGUACUGGCCUAGAGAGAGACCCCAGAGGCAAGGUGCCAUGGACACAGAGCCUUCAGCUAAGACCUCACCACACCUCCCAUGGACUGUCUAUCAGAGAAAAGAUUAUGUGUGGUACUCUGUGCUGAUCUCUCGUUCUCUCUCGGGCUCUUUCUAGUGUCUUAGAUCUGGAAUACAAUCCCAAGACAUACUGUGUAAGUGGCCCAUCAUAACUCCCCAGUCCCCAUCAGGCCUGUGGUUGGUCCAUGGCCGUCCCCAGUCCCCAUCAGGCCUGUGGUUGGUCCAUGGCCGUCCCCAGUCCCCAUCAGGCCUGUGGUUGGUCCAUAGCCGUCCCCAGUCCACAUCAGGCCUGUGGUUGGUCCAUAGCCGUCCCCAGUCCACAUCAGGCCUGUGGUUGGUCCAUAGCCAUCCCCAGUCCACAUCAGGCCCGUGGUUGGUCCAUGGCCAUCCCCAGUCCCCAUAAGGCCCGUGGUUGGUCCAUGGCCAUCCCCAGUCCCCAUCAGGCCUGUGGUUGGUCCAUGGCCAUCCCCAGUCCACAUCAGGCCCGUGGUUGGUCCAUGGCCAUCCCCAGUCCCCAUAAGGCCUGUGGUUGGUCCAUGGCCGUCCCCAGUCCCCAUCAGGCCUGUGGUUGGUCCAUGGCCGUCCCCAGUCCCCAUCAGGCCUGGGGUUGGUCCAUGGCCGUCCCCAGUCCCCAUCAGGCCUGCGGUUGGUCCAUGGCCGUCCCCAGUCCCAAUCAGGCCUGUGGGUGGUCCAUGGCCGUCCCCAGUGGAGUAGAGGACUGAAAUGUUUUUCAGCAUCACAAUGUAUUCAUGGUGUGUUGUCAUUUUCCAAGGACAAAUGUAAGCACAUAAAUGUGUCAUCAACACUGUAAGCUUUUGCCUGUUUAGUAAAAAUAUUGCAGUGUAACAAGUUAGGAUUGU